AAAAGUGCGUAUCUCUACACAAGUUGAUAGUUAUCUUUGUUUUGUUUUGUCAUUUGUCAGAAUAGUAAAUUGUAAUUUCAAUUAUUGAUUAUAUAAUAAAAAAAAACUAAAUAAUUAAAUAGUUUAUUGCAAUGUUUUAAAAUUGUGAUAUCUUAUAAUAUUUGAAUAAUGAAUGGUCAAGAGGAAACUAUUACUAUCUUAGAUUUGCCUACAGAGCUCGUCAUAUAUUUGUGUUGUAGUAAAGAUAUAUCUGUUGAAGAUAUUAACAAUUUAGCACUUGCACUUCCAAAUUUUAAUAAUAUUUUAUUUGAUGAACAAAACACCAAAAUGUGGAAAAUAAAAUAUUUUCAAAGGUAUGGAACUAUAGAUCUAAAUGAAAUUAAUAUUGUAAUCGAUGAACAAAAUAGUUGGAAAAGUGAACUUUCUCUUCGUUUGAACUUGGAACAAAAAAUUCCUUUAGAAAUUUCAAUUAUGCCAUGUAAAUUCAUGAGGUACAAAAAUGUACCAUUUCAUUUGUACCCUAUGAAUGAAACUUUACAUUCUACUAACCAAGCUCAUUGUUACUAUGUUGUAUCAGCUAUAUCUAAAUAUUACAAACAACUACAAAAUAGUAAAUAUUGCAAUGAUAAGUUUGAUGAAUUAUAUAUGGCACAUCAUUUUUUAAUAUACUCCAGUCAAGUUUUUUUUGGAUAUAAAUUAAAAGAAUUUUUACAAUUACCUCAAUUAUUACAGACUAUUGAAAAAGGGUUUUAUUUAUUGGGGCGAUGGUGGAGUCCCACAAUCGAUACUGUAUACCAAGAAAUAAACAAUUACCUAAACAAUAUAGCUCAUUUAGUUUGUAAUUUAAUUCAAUCAACUAGUCCAAAUCAUCCAUUAUUACAACAGGAAAAUUAUAGAAGUCAAGUAAUUAAACGAGGAAAAUUUAAUUUGGAACAUGAUUUAUUUGAUGAAAUCAAUACUAUUAUUAUACAUGAUGGCAUUAAACAAAUUAUGUUUGAAGAUUCUCAACUAGUUUGUUAUUGUAAUCAUGACAUCAAUUGUUUUAUAUUACAAAAAGUUAUUGAAAGAAAUAAAGGAUCAGUCUUUCUUUUAUGUGUUAUUUAUGAGUCAAUAGCUAGACGACUAGGUGUAAAAGUCAGACUAACUGCUACAUCAGUUCAUAACUUUGUAUCAUGGUCAUCAUCAUGGCCUGAUCACAAAGUCAAUAACCCAACUUGUUAUUUAAUAGACAUAGCUGGUGGUGGUGCCAUGCGAAAAGCAACCGUUUGUCCAGUAUCAAGGAAACUACCAGAACAUUUUAAUGGCAAUUCUGUAACUGAUCUCUUUUGGACAUUUAGUAAAUCAAUUGAACAACUCACUGUUGAAAAUAUGACAACAUAUAAAAAUGUUUUGGAUUUUCAAAAAUUAUUGAAACCAGAUGAUGCAGAAGUUGAGUUUAAAUGCCAAAAAUUUCAUCAAUAUUAUGAUUUUUGCAGGUGCCCAUUAAUUAGAGAUUUGUCAAAUCCAACUGCCCCAAGACAUAUUGAUGAGAAAAAUAUUUUAUAUGCAGAUAAUGAAGAAAUUUUUCCAUCAGUACCAAAAAAACGUGGCACUGCUAAUGACCCUAAGUAUGCUGUUGGUAUGAUGAUUGACACUGUUGCUUUAGGAAAUACUAAUGGGACAAAUAUAGUGACUAAAUGUGGAGUAAUAGUGGGUUGGACAAUUGUGUCAAAUACAAGUUCCCUUCCUAAUCCAACCGUUUACCAUGUACUUAUUAAAUCCGACCAUUACCUUAAUGCAGAAAAAUACCAAAAUCCAGUAAUAAAACCUGUAUGGGAAGGACGAUGUGAAAAACUGCAAAGACAACUGAAUCCUUAUGAUCAUAAUUUUAAAAAUAUUGGCAAAUUUUUCAAAUAUUACAGUCAUGAACUCAAUGCUUUUGUCCCAAUUCAAGCUUUAGCAAAUCUUUAUCCAGAUGAUCAUAAUUAUACUCUCAAUCAAAUGAAUAACAAAAAAUAAUUAAUCUAAACUUAAUUAUGUUCCUAUGAAUUGAUUUUAAUUUAAAAAAAUUCACAUUUACUUGUAUUUUAUUAUAUGUAUAUAUCAUUGUUCACAUAGUAUACAUAUAAAAUAUAAUAAAUAAAUAUUUUUUGCA